AGCCCGGACUGCGUCAUCGCGAGAGCGGUCCUGCGGCGCGGGAUGGCCACGGAGCCGGGCGGCGCUGUCCCGCGGCUCCCGGAGCCGGCUCUGGGGCCCAGGACAUGGCCCGGGGUCCAGGCCCGCUAGGGCGGCCUCGCCCCGACCCGGCCGCCAUGCCCAAGCGAGGGAAGCGACUCAAGUUCCGGGCCCACGACGCCUGCUCGGGUCGAGUGACCGUGGCGGAUUAUGCCAACUCGGACCCGGCCGUCGUGAGGUCCGGACGAGUCAAGAAAGCCGUGGCCAAUGCUGUUCAGCAGGAAGUAAAAUCUCUCUGCGGCUUGGAAGCCUCUCAGGUUCCCGCGGUGGAAGCUCUCUCUGGGGCUGGGGAGCCCUGCGAUGUUGCUGACAGCAGUGACGAGAUGGAUGCGCAGGAGGAGAGCAUCCAUGAGAGACCCGUCUCCAGAAAAAAGAAAAGCAAGAGGCACAGAGCCCCGGAUGGGGCUGGAGGUGAAGAGUACCCCAUGGACAUUUGGCUGUUGCUGGCCUCCUACAUACGUCCUGAGGACAUUGUGAAUUUCUCCCUGAUUUGUAAGAACGCCUGGACUGUCACUUGCACUGCCGCCUUUUGGACCAGGUUGUACCGAAGGCACUACACGCUGGAUGCCUCUCUGCCUUUGCGCCUGCGCCCAGAGUCCAUGGAGAAGCUGCGCUGCCUCCGGGCAUGUGUGAUCCGAUCUCUGUACCAUAUGUAUGAGCCCUUCGCUGCUCGAAUCUCCAAAAAUCCAGCCAUUCCAGAAAGCACGCCCAGCACAUUAAAGAAUUCCAAAUGCUUACUUUUCUGGUACCGAAAGAUUGUUGGGAACAGACAGGAACCAAUGUGGGAAUUCAACUUCAAGUUUAAAAAACAGUCCCCCAGAUUAAAGAGCAAGUGCGUGGGAGGGUUGCAGCCUCCUGUUCAGUACCAGGAUGUUCACACCAACCCCGACCAUGACUGCUGCCUCCUGCAGGUCACCACCCUCAAUUUCAUCUUUAUUCCAAUUGUUAUGGGGAUGAUAUUCACCCUGUUUACGAUCAAUGUGAGCACGGACAUGCGGCAUCAUCGAGUGAGACUGGUGUUCCAAGAUACUCCUGUGCACGGUGGUCGGAAACUGCGCAGUGAGCAGGGUGUGCAAGUCAUCCUGGACCCAGUGCACAGCGUUCGCCUCUUUGACUGGUGGCACCCCCAGUACCCGUUCUCCCUGAGAGCGUAGUCCCUGUGUCCUGUCCCGUGGAGGGGUGGCUGGAUUGUUUCUCUGGUUAGUGAGGCACAUGCUCUUCAGGUUCCUGGGGCUCCUGCUGGGGGAGGGAGAAGGGUUGAAUCAAGAGGAAGAACAACCAUGACUUCUAAACAUAUUUUAAUGUAAGAGUUUCAUCUGAAAGGAGAAACUGGGCCCUAUUUUCUGUGUUAAACCUCACUUGGUGCUAUUGAGUUUGUUCUUUAUUCUUUUAUCCCAAUGAAAAUGGAUGAUCUUGCUCUAGGAAAAAAUUAGACCCUUGAAUCAAACAAGGAAGUUUAAGCCUUCCCUAUGGAUCAGAGGAACCUUAGAGGCAUAGAAUUGCUGCUACUGUUGCUUCCAAUUUGGCUGCCCCUCAAAUUCAAGUGACUAUUCUCCCUUUACCCUUCUCCAGAAAUAAACCAGGUGACAGGGUUUUCAGAAUCUUAUAAGAUUGGCUUGUGUAUCUUUCUUUAAAAAUAAUUUUUGGA